GACGCCUCACCAUCGUCAACCGAUUCUGGGGUGCGAAGACCACAGCACCGGACACUAUCGCGACCGGACCUCGCUCGAAAACAUAGCAGCUCCAUCAUCGUGUCGAGAGACACCCCUAAUAUCGAGAUCGAGAUUAACGAGGAGGAGUAUGACGAGGGAGACGCACGGACAAUGAGCCCGCGGAGAAGUAGUGAAGAGAUUGAUAGGAUGGGAGAGGAUGCGCGCCAGGCACUUAUUGAACAAUCAAAGGUUCUCCAACAAACGUUAUCGGAUAUCGUCGAGCAAGUCGAGUCGAUACGAACAGAACACGACAAGCUGGAGAGCGGGAACAACUUCCUACAAUCAUACAUCGGCGACCUCAUGGCCGCAAGCAAAAUUACAUCAACAUCAAGCUCCUCAAAACCUGGCAAAGGCAAAUCAAGAGGGGUAAAAUGA